GCAACCGGGACAAGGAGAACGAACCCGACGUCCGGACCGUGCUCCGGUACGACCGGGGCACGCCCAUUCCCCUGCCGCCUCGGCCUCGGCCUCGCUCUCGCAGUGGCAGACGGGCGGGCCCCACGGUCUCCCCUGCUCCUGGCAUGCUCCCCCAGCUAUAUAAAGCACGACGCCAAGCGUUCCCAGCAGGCCAGCAGCCACCUGCAGUUCGCUUCGCAGUCCUCGAUCGUCCUCUCCAACACGCCCCGGCUUCGAUCGGUUCGUCCAGGAGGCAGAGGCUAUAGUUGUCUGCCUUGGAAGCCGCAGCCAUGCAGGAAGCUCUCCUCUCUCCGGCCAAUGCCGGCAGCCUCCGCUCGGCAUUUGAGCUCAAGCCGUUCGCCUUCGGGGACCAGCGCCUCGCCUCGCCGCGCUACCUCAACCUCGCCUGCGGCGGCACGGGUGGCGACGACGCUCUGUUCCGCUGCUCCUCCCCCUUCAGCCCCAGCUUCGGCUUCUCCUCGCCGUCGCCGCUCGCCACCUCCUCCGUCUCGCUCUCGCCGUCCUCGUCGGCCUCUCUCGUGGACGACUGCGACGACGCCGCGGCCACCGACGCCGCCACGGGCCACCGCCUCCAGCUCGCGCGCCUCGCGCUGCAGUACCAGGAGGUGGCCGACCGCUACGAGCUCUGCCUCGCCCGCCUCGCCGAUGCCGCCGACGAGGCCGCGGCGCUCCGCCGCGAGAACGCCGAGCUCCGAGCCGCCAACGGCGACCUCACGCGCCGCCUCGCGCUGCUCAGCGGCAUUGGCAAGCAGGCCGCCGCCGCAGCCAUCGCCGACGAGGUCCGACGGCUCCGCUUCAGCGAGCAGAAGGCCGUUCCGGCCGCCAAGGAGCGCGCGCAGCCCGAAAAGCUCGCCGUGCUGCCCAAAAGCAUCUCCGUCCGGUCCAACGACUACCUCAAGAUGAACCAGCCUAACCAGGCCCCCGCCACGCCGGCGGCCAACAACCGCAAGCCUCGCGCGUCCAACCCGACCAAACCCAGCUCGCAGCGCGUGUACAUCGGCGACGGCGGCGAUAAGAAAGGCGAGGAGGCCAAGCAGCAACACGCGGCCGGGGCCAUGGAGCUGGAGGUGUACAACCAGGGCAUGUUCAAGACGGAGCUGUGCAACAAGUGGGAGGAGACGGGGGCGUGCCCCUACGGCGACCAGUGCCAGUUCGCGCACGGCGUCGCCGAGCUCCGUCCCGUCAUCCGCCACCCGCGCUACAAGACCCAGGUCUGCCGCAUGGUGCUCGCCGGCGAGGUCUGCCCGUACGGCCACCGAUGCCAUUUCCGCCACUCGCUCACAUCUGCCGAACGCCUCCUCCUCCCCCGCCCUUAGCAGCGCCACGGAGCACGGCCAGCCUCUGGAACCGUUCGUUUUUGUUCCGUCUCGAGUCAACGAGUCAAGUAUAUAAUUCACACGAACAUGUACAAAAAAUGCAAACAGCGUAAAUAAGAUAAAGUAACAUAUAAAAGAGCAUAAAAGAAACCUGAUCGUAGAAUUAGUUUUCAGGCAAUGUGAAUAUUCAAAUACAAGAAGAUUAGCUUCACCGUCAGUCAGCUGCCGGUGCUCAGGGACUUCAACUGUGUCUUCGGUUUAUGUAAUCUAUUUUUUGGGGUGUAUUUGUUAGGUGAUAGCUGCCCUGUUUCUUCGAUGCGUUUCGAUGCAAUGGGUGACAGGGACAGCUUGAUACAAUAAAGUCCGUAUGGCUGUAGAUCCGGCAGGCAUUUCCAAUGUUCAGGUGAAAUUCAACCGGAAUGCUUGCACUUGAUGCAAGGAAAUGCGGGUGAAACCUGUCAUUUUGUCUGUAUGAUGAGUGUUGGAUCUGUGCAGAAGCUUUUUGAUUUAUUCAGGCUAGCUUUUGUUGUACUUUGAAACUUUUUUCCACUGUGAUGGCUAGUAAUUUUUCCAGUACAUAUGUUGUCA